AAGCAGUACAAGGCCUGUGUUAAACAUCAGGCUUGACUGAAAGGAAAAUAAUCCCUUUUAUGGAAACACUAGAUUGAGCCCAUUUCUGCUUUUCUCUAUGGCUAUUCCAUUCUCCAGGACAAGAAACAGAGUAACAGCCUGCUGCACAUGGGUCGCUGAUCCUUUCCCAGUUUUUAACUUCUGCACUAGUUGCCAGCCAAAAAUAAACACCAUUCCACAACCAUAUAUGUGCAACAGCCUGGUGAGGACAGAGGCGGGUCAGGCCCCUGCAGUACUGCUUUUAGCCCACAGUGCCAGAUACACUGUCCUCUUUUGCUGAGAGCACAGGUUUCUAAGUGCUAUGCAUAUAACCCAGCUGAAUAGAGAGUGCCUUUUGCAUCUAUUUUCAUUCCUGGACAAAAGCAGUAGAAAAAGUUUAGGACAGACAUGUCAAAGACUGCUUGAGGUGUUCCAGGAUCCUUCCCUGUGGUCCCUGCUGAGUUUUCAUUCUCCCGUGGAACUGAAGAAGGAUAAUUUUCUCUUGGGAGCAGCUUUAAAGUACCUGUCCAUCUGCUGGCAUUCAAGCAGAGUCAAAGUGUGUAACAUUGAGGACUGGAUGAAAAGCUCAUUCCAGAAAGACAUUUGUAGCAAGCAUGAAAACACCGUCAAUGAGUUUUUAUUACAAGUCUGCAACAGGUGCCCCAACCUGCUGUCCCUGACCUUGUCUGGAUGUGGCCAUGUCACAGACUAUUACCUCACGCUGCUGCUCAAGUGCUGCCCAAAUCUCAAGAUACUGAAACUGGAAAACUGUGUGCGUAUCACUGAUCAGACUCUGGAAGCAGUGACCCACUACGGUGGCUCUUUACACACGCUCCAUGUGGACUUUUGCCGGAAUAUCACCCACGCUGGUUUAGAGGAAGUCAGAAAGAAACAUCCUUCAGUCAUGCUGAAAGCAGAAAAGAGUGCCAGCAUGAUUCCAGACUGCAAACCAGAAGAAAAGCUGGUGCUGGAAAGGAUGAGAAGAAAACUUGUACAACAGUAGCUGGGAAAAUGGCAGAGAUUCACCAUGUGUAUAGUGAGCAACAUUUUCAGUUCCCACUCAAUGUAAGUGCUGCAAUUAAGCCCGUUUUAAUUUAGCCUCUUUUAAAAGAGCAUUUUGUAACAAACCCAACACAUGGGCGUUUACUUGGACCACAAAGCUCUCACUGCAUAUUUUACACUGCUUCACAGGCCUAGAAAAUGCCAUCUGUUGGCACAAAAGUCAGUGAAGGCCUGAGCAGAGACAACUGCCAUCAGGCUAUGUGCUUCUUCACUUUUAUGCUACUGAUUUUCAUCCCAAAUUUUGCUUGGCUAACUUUUAUGAUGUAUCCAAACUGCAGGGCCAAACAGAACUGAGGGGAAACAGUAUUUCAAAAGAAAUACCAGGUACGUGCCUCUCGGGUCAGAGAAGGAACAAUCCAAAGCCAAACUCCAGCUACCACAAGAACUCAACAAGUGCUAAGGCAGAUCCUGCUCCCUGACAAGUCACUCACUAGGGGACUACAGUGUCAAUAAUGACAAAUCACACAAGUAGCAAAUACUAUGGAAGGUAGUAGAAACCAAGCUCAAUUGCUUACAUGAUGUAUGUUGACAACUUAAACUCUAGUCUACUCAAUAUAAAUAUUACUGUAAGACUGAUAUUAACCACAUGCUUGUAUCCUAGCUGAGAAGACAGUGGUUUACAGUUAGUAAAUGGCAUAUGCUCUACAA